AUGUUCUUAAAAAUUCAGGAAGGGCGAUUCUCAGAGAACGGCGGCUGCGGUUACGUGCUCAAACCACCUAUCAUGAACGAGGACCUGUUUGUAGUCGGAGAGAAACCGCCAACGACACCUCAGAUUCUUCAUCUACGAGUGCUUUCUGGUCAACAGUUACCGCGGCCAAGAAAUUCGAACGCCAAGGGAGACUCAUCGGAUCCGUUCGUAGUCAUCGAGAUAUUUGGCAUCCCUGGACUGUGCCGAGGAGCGAACGAAAACGGCCAUAACCCGUCAUUCGACGAGUCGUUCCAGUUCCAAGUAUCCGUACCAGAAUUGGCGCUAGUGCGAUUUUUGGUGCUCGACGACGACUUUAUUGGUGACGACUUCAUUGGACAAUACACGAUCCCUUUCGAAUGCCUGCAACCA